UAAAUAGGAGGCUCUGGAGCCCCGACCCAGUGCGGACAGAGAAGGCAGCGGCUGUGACAGCACCGAGUGUCCGAGCCCGAACCUAGUCCUGACCGUGUCGGUGUGCGAGUGGACGGCGUUGGACGCGAUGACUCUGAAUGGCGGCGGCAGCGGAGCUGGCGGGAGCGGCCGCGGGGGCCGGGAGAGAGAGCGCCGUCGGGGCAGCACACCCUGGGGCCCUGCGCCUCCGCUGCACCGCAGAAGCAUGCCGGUGGAUGAGCGUGACCUGCAGGCGGCGCUGGCUCCCGGUGCUCUGGCAACGGCCGCGCCGGGGACCGGGUCCCCGGGUCCGAGGCUGGACUGGCCUGAGAGCUCCUCCGAUUCGCUCAGCUCAGGGGGCAGCGACUCAGACGAGAGCGUUUACAAGGUGCUGCUGCUGGGGGCACCUGGCGUGGGCAAGAGCGCUCUGGCGCGCAUCUUCGGUGGUGUAGAGGAUGGGCCUGAAGCAGAGGCCGCAGGGCACACAUAUGAUCGCUCCAUCGUGGUGGACGGAGAAGAGGCAUCGCUCAUGGUCUAUGACAUUUGGGAGCAGGAUGGGGGCCACUGGCUACCUGGACACUGCAUGGCCAUGGGAGAUGCAUACGUCAUCGUGUACUCAGUGACAGACAAGGGCAGCUUUGAGAAGGCCUCAGAGCUACGAGUCCAGCUGCGGCGGGCGCGGCAGACAGAUGAUGUGCCCAUCAUCCUAGUGGGCAACAAGAGUGACCUGGUGCGCUCUCGCGAGGUCUCCUUGGAUGGUAAGCAGGGAGCAGGUUGGAAAGGGAGGGAGAUCCUGNAUCUUAGCUGUGCUCAGGUCUAG